GGCAGACUCGGAAAGGAGGAGGGCAGACUGGGGGAAGGGGUGGAAGAUUGUGAGGAGGUAUCUUCCUUGACAAACCCCUUUUCUUCGACGUCUAGGAAGUUCUGCUGAAAGUCGGACGAAAGUUGCCACUGGUCAGCCUUAGACGCUUUGAUUCGGAACGGCAACUGAACUAAAGUUCGGGCAAUUGCAACUGUCACAUUUUCACUUAUGGCGUAGAAACCUGUUGAGUCUCCUCUUUAGAUUGACGAGGAUAUACCAACUGACUUUCUGAAGCAGGCACCAUGUAAGGUGAAGGUCCACAUCAGUGCGCGAGAAGAGAUGAAGAGGACACGGCAAUUGCAUCGCGGGAUAUGCUCUCACACAGUCUGAAGCUCAAUCAGCAUCUCAUAGCUGGCGUAGGACUCGCAAGUCUCCAUGAGCCAAUCACAGCUCCUCGCUCCACAAGACCCGCAACCGCUUCCCCAGAUCCCUCACCCGCAAAAACCGCACCAGCAAUCCCAACGUCCCCAAAACCAGCAACAGCCGCAAACCCCUCGUCGAAUGGAGAGCCCAGCUAAAAGAAGCAACCCACCGCAGCCGAGGAGCGGGGGGCCCAAUGGGGGGCCGCCAAGUGGCGGCGGCAUGUUGCAAGAUCUGCAGCGGGAAUUCUAUGAGCAGGGGCUAGAGGGGGUGGCGGCGGGGUUUGGGCUGAUCAAGGAGGACCCCGGAAGUGCACGGAAGAGGCCUUCCGGCAACCGGCCUGUCAUUCACUACAUGGGCAACCCUCAAAACGCGCCCCCCGGAAGCAUCCCCAUGUUCGGACCCCCCCCCGACGCAGCCUAUGCUCAGUAUCCCCCUCGUGAGUAUGGCAGCCCGGUGAAGCAGGACGGCAGGCUACCACUUCCUCCCGGGGGGGUACGAGUGGCCCCGUCGCCAGCCCCCCGGAUGUCGUUCCGGGAGAUAGUGUCGAGGGAUCAGCAGCAGGGGGCCGAUGCUGCAGAUAGGCGGGGUGCGCGGCGGGGCGGGUCGAGGGGCGGCGACAAGGCCAGCAAGGGGUUGCGGCACUUCAGUUUGAAAGUCUGCGAGAAGGUAGAGGAGAAAGGAAGGACGACGUACAACGAGGUUGCCGAUGAGUUGGUUCGGGAGAUUGCAGAAGCGGGGGCGAUGAACUCUCCUUCAGAUCAGUCGUACGACGAGAAGAACAUCCGGCGGCGCGUGUACGACGCCCUCAACGUGCUGAUGGCCUUGGACAUCAUCGUCAAGGACAAGAAGGAGAUCCACUGGCGGGGGCUGCCGUCCGCCGCAGUAGCCGACAUUGGAAUGCUCAAGGAUGAGAAGUCCCGCGUGGAAGAGCAGAUGGCCAAGAAGCAGCGCUACCUAGGGAGCCUGCACCAGCAGUUUGGAUCGUACGAGAAUCUAGUUAUGCAGAACCAGCGGUUACACGGCCAGGGAGAGGGGCCCGGCGAGGGCAUCGCCUUCCCGUUCGUCCUGAUAAAGACGAAGCCGCAGGCGACGGUGGAGGUUGAGAUCUCGGAGGACAUGCAGCUGGUGCACUUCGAUUUCAACGACACCCCGUACAAGAUGCUGGAUCACGACGCGAUCCUGGAGCUGAUGGGCCUCGUAAACCGGCCGUCCGACGGCGCCGCAGAGGCGGACGAGCCCCAGGAGUUGGCGGCCGCGCCGCCGGCAGGGCCUUCCGCGGGAGACCGCGCCAACGGCACAGCGGUGCCGCAUCUGGAGAGCGGAGCGCCAUCUCCUCGCGCGCCGCAACAGGAACAAGUCCGGUUGCCGCCCCCGAACCCCGCGCAAUCCUACCAGCCUGUGCGGCAAGAAGCGGCCCCCCCGAACGGAAUCAGGAAAGGAGCCCGGGGGGGUGGCAGGGGGCAAGGACGAAGGCUGUUGCCGGAGGGGGUUGCGGCCCCCCAGAACGGAAGGUAGCGAAGAGCCGGGACGGAUUUUGAGGAAAGACUAUCGACAUUUCAGGAUGGGGGGGACGACCAAGAGUUGCUGGGGAUUGGAAGUUUGUUCAAACGGGGUUGGACGGCUCACGUGGCAUCUCCGCUAGGAGAGAAAGCGAAACGAGAUGAAAGCUGGACUUGAGAUGUCAGGAUGGAAGUCUGCAUCACAAAAGCAAGCGGUUAGAGAAGGCUUGGGGGCUCUGGCAAUCGCAGGGAAGCUUCCGAGGGAGUGAAGUAAUCUAUCGUAAAAAGCACUGUUGAUGGCGAGGAUAGACUUGACUAGUUAGGGAGCCGUUUAAGCGUGCAGGUUAUAUGUACCAUAAUAUGAAUCAAGAUGAUGAAGCAGGGAUGCCAAUAAACACAUGCCCGUGGUCUGCCAAAGACUUGACCAUCUGGUUGCAUAAAUACUUCGAGCUGAGGUUAGUGGUGCUCUUGUUGACGCCCUUGCCUGCCAAUCAUUGGCAGGCUGGGCUAACUGCACGAGAUGUAGAUGCCAUGCCAAGGCCGCAAAAUUACACACAACUGUCAGAAUGUUACGCACAUGCGGCCAAGCUUCAUUCAAGCAAUCAGAU